AUGCCAACACCAAAACACAAGGCCUCCACCCCGCCCCGGUCCCCAAACCCGGCCCAGUCCCCGCCCCGGCCCCUCGAGCCGCCCUCCCACAAGAAAAACCCCUCUAAAUCCACCAAGCUCCUCAAACGGUUCAAGUCGGUCUUCCGGUCCUUCCCCGUGAUCAACCCCCCGUGCAAGAUGCCAGGGCCAACCCACACGGGGCGCACCCAUGACGGCCACAUGCACGGGGGGAGGCAGAUGAGCGGGACCCUAUUCGGGCACCGCAAGUCUCGGGUAAACCUGGCGAUCCAGGAGCACCCGAGAUGCCUCCCCAUGCUGGUCCUGGAGCUGUCCCUCCCGACGGGGAAGCUGCUCCAGGACAUGGGGCUCGGGCUCGUGCGGAUCGCCCUCGAGAGCGAGAAGAGCCCCUCGGAGAAGAUCAAGCUGGUGGACGAGCCCAUAUGGAGCAUGUAUUGCAAUGGGAAGAAAGUGGGGUAUGCGGUGAAGAGGGAGCCAACUGAGGAUGACUUGAAGGUCAUGCAAUUGCUCCAUGCGGUGUCGAUGGGGGCGGGGGUGCUGCCGGUGGAGGGCGGCGCGACGGCGGCGGAGGGGGAGAUGACGUACAUGAGGGCCCACUUUGAGAGGGUGGUGGGGUCCAGGGACUCUGAGACCUACUAUAUGAUGAAUCCUGAUGGGAAUAGUGGGCCCGAGCUUAGUAUCUUCUUUGUCAGAGUUUGAAUUACUUAUUUAUUAAUCUUUAUGUAAUUUAUUUGUAUACAAUAGUAAAACGUAAUUUGAUUGUCAUCACUGUAGGCCUUGACUUUUGGUUGCUUUUUUUUCUCGUCCCGUAAUAAUGUAUCUUGGUCGGCUUGCAUAAUGCCAAGAUUAGAUUAUAUCUCAUUAUUAAUCAUUUAACUUUGA